GAUAUUGCUCGACGGUCCCAGUGCAGUGGCAGUAUAAUUGGUAGUUCACUCAUAUCGUUUCUUAUUCUGUUUUGUGCAUUGUGUUUGAUAAUUUUUAUGUUUCACUAUCGUCCAGGCUAUGCUAUGACCUCACCCAUCGGUUCACCCGGUGGGUCACCAUUUGGAGAGAGAAAAUCCUACAAGAAAUUCGAGCCGCGGAGGAUGUCCUCUCGAUUCUCUAGGCAGGAAUCUGCGAAUUCGAGUGAUGGAGAUGAUUUCAGAUCGAUGGCCAGAAGAAUGUCAAAAUCUGCUGCAAAGAGCAGUCACGUGAUGGACCCUGCUGCACGACUAGCUGCUCAAAAGAAACUAGAGGCCGACGAGAAGCUCAGGUUACAGAAAGAGAUUGAGGACGUGAAGAACAAAAUGAACAACGUCGAGACAGUCGAGAAAACGGGAUUCAAUUACGAUCCAUCCAAAGUAAAGGGUCAGAUUGAGAUAGAGAUAACAGAGGCAGAGGAGGUUGUGUUUGAUGGUCCUCAGGAGAAAGAGCAGGAGUUUAAAGAGUGGUUAGAGGAGAUAAUGUCACAAGGGUGGAGUGACGAGGUUAAGGAGCUUGUGUCUGGGAGGAAGAAAGUAACUAAAGCCAAUCUGCUGAGAGCGAGAAAGAGGAGUAUUGUGAGAAGGUACAGUAUUAUUGUUCCUGAUUUAAAGGACCAGUACCAGCUUGCUUCAGAGGAAGAUGAGUGGACUGAGGAGGAGAAACUCAGACGAGAAGUUGAGCGGAGAUUUUUAUCUGAGGUUGACUUGGAUUACAGCAUCGAGAAGCUGUCCAAUGAUGCGCAGUGGAUGGCAGAGAUUCAGGAGUUGGUGGGUAGUAAGAAAAUAAUUAAUCAUCAUAAUCUUGAAAACGCAAGAAGACGUAAUAUAGUCCGAAGCUCCGAGCAAAAGUAUCCUGGAUGCAAAUACGACCUCAUCCUUGAACCUGACGAGUUUACAGAUGAGGAGUUAGAAAGGCAAAAGCUUGACCGAGAAAUCCAGGUGAUACGGAUCAUAGUGGAUGACAGCAACGAUAUUGAAGUCAUCGUAGAGUCUCUGAGUAAGAAAUGGAUUUUUAAUCUCGAUGACUUAGAUAAACAGAAAAAGAAAAGAAACAAAAAGAAUAUAUUCAACCUCCUUGUUCGACAGCUUAUUAAAGAAGCUAAGGAUAAAUUCCCUGAUCUUGAAUAUCACGUAGAUUUAGAAGAGGAUGAAUACACAGACGAGGAACAGAGGCGGAGAGAUUUUGAGGGUGCUGUGAAUCAUAUAGAUGCUGAGGUAGGUGGUCUGUCCACCGAGGAACUAGUUGAAAUGUAUCCUGACUUAGUUCCCCGAUUGGAUGAGAAUAAUCGGGUUGUAUCUCGGGACAAUGCAGUUCGCUUACUCAAACGGGACGCUUUAAUUAAAAUCUAUGGAGAAGGGGAUAAUUACAUGUUGAAGUACCAUGAACUCUCCGAUGACUGCUUUGAACUUAACGAUAGGGGGCUCGCUCUUCAGUUUAUCAACUCCAAAAUGGAAGAAAUUGAUGAAAAGUUGGAAGAUAAAGAGAACUUUUUGUCAAAUUUCUCGGAUGAGCUUGCAUACUUUAGCUCUAUAUUGGCACAUACAAGUUCUGAGAACGUUUGGCAAUUUUGUCUAAAUCGAAUCAAAACCGAAGCAAUAAAACUAUUUCCAGACUGUGGAAUAGAGAAGCCCACCCCAGAAUAUGACCUAACCGACGAAGGAAGAGCUUUUAUAAAACUAAUGGCAGAUUUCUCUGAACUGGACUCACUGCUAGAGAAUGUUCCAGAAUCGGUUCUUUUAGCAGAGAGUGCCUGGGUGAGACAACGAGCGUUUCUGGAGUCCCUAAAGACCAAAGUGUGUGGAAAGAACAUAAUAACCGUGCAAAAGCAGAAGUUGUACGAUGAGUUCAAACGAGACUUCCCUGAUUUUGACUAUGAAGAGAUCUUCCCCUUCGAAGAUUUCACUUAUGGGGAAAUGGCAGUCAUGAAAGCUGAAGAAAAGCAAGCACGCUACAGCGUUAUCUGUGAGAAACUUGAACAAGACCUAACGGAUUCUAAAAUCAGUCUUGAUAGAGCUCAUAAACGAUCAGAGCUCGAGGGAGAUAGGCUUGAAAACCAUCUUGAAGAAUCUGAAUGGAAAGAGGAGCUGGGCCAAAUCAAAUUAAUAGACAAUUUGCCUGUAAACAGGAAAAAUCUUUUCGAAUUCAAGGCUCGUAACUUGGUUGCAAAGUACAGAAAAAUGCACCAGGAAUAUGAUUUUACAGAAUAUAAUGAAAUUCCUCAUGAGUACGAAACAGAAGAUGAGGGAUUCAUCACAGCUGUGGGUUGUCUUACUUGUGAGAUUAAAACUGACACUGCUUUCUUUGAUAGCAACAGCGAAGGUAGCAGCCCUAUCAAGUAUCUCUCAGCGGAAGGAGACCCCUGCCCCCAGGGACCAACCCUUCCCGCUAUUCCUGAUCUCAGCGAUACUGAUACAAGCGUUCCCAGUUUAACACCAUCCCCUUAUGAUCUCCAAAAAGGUAAGUUCUUCGAGGGUAUUGAAGAAGAGAAAAGCACUGGAGAAACUCAGAAAAGAACAGAAGACCACGUUGAUACACAAAACGAAAGAAUUCCCGUCAUCGACCAUGAUCAAAGCACCAUCAAUGUCUUACCUAAGAACAGCAUUGACAUUAAUGCGGAUAAUCAUGCUGUUAAACAGCAAGAUAAUCAGUUGUCCGAGACAACCAAUAUACAUGAAGAAAGUGCAGAUCAAAACAAUAAACAACUAUUUUUGCAACCCAGUGGUGACCCUGAUAUCAACAGUUAUAAUACAGUUAAUAAGGAUAGUAAUGAGAUUGCUAGACAAAAAACUGAACAGAGCGCAGAUAAUCUUCAAAAUGCUAACCUGAUCGAUCAAAAACACGGACAGCUUGUUGAUGUUAAUCAAGCUGAUGAAAAGCACAAUGGCCUAUCGAAAGAUAGUAUUAAGAAGACCCACUUUGCUGCGCAACAUGACAAAAAGAUAACAGAAAAUGGCCAUGAAGAUAGUGGGGACCUGACAGAUUGUCUUGAUAUCCGAGCAACAGAGGACUCUAAUUAUAUCAGUAAUAUUGGAGUUGCUAAGAGGGCAGGUGGUAUUGAGCUUAGUGACUAUAUUCAGGGAAGCCUACUAGACAAUCAUAUUGAUUCAAAUGAAGAUAAUCAAGAGAAUUCUGUGAACACAGACUCUGUCGGGCCACAGGGCAACCGAGGUUCUUCUGAAGAAAGAGACCACAACUGUGUUGAUAAGCAACAGAAUGUUGAAGCUGAGUUAUCUUCUGAGCAAGAUAAAGUUGGCUCCCUCAGUGCUCAAACAAGGAACACAGCCAAAAUUGCUGAUAACAAGGUCGACGAGCAACCUGCAAGCGAAGAACUCCACGCUGAAUCCAGAGCAGUGGAAUCGAAUUCUGAUAGAAAAGACAUCAUUCUCCAAGAUACGAAUCCUGAUAUUAAUAGUUUUGCGAAAAAGCAACCAGAAAACACGCAACAAUGUCCUUCAGUUAAAAUUGAAAUCCCUACACAAUUGCCUGCUGAAAAUGAGGAUCAUCUUGAAGAUUUUGCCGAUGUUGUUACACUCAAUUUUGACGGAAAUCCUAAAAACGAUAAACUCGUCGGAGAAAUCAGGACCGGAGAAUCUGAUGCUAAUAGAAAAGAAAUCAUUGUCCAAAAUGAGAAUUCUGAGAUUGACAGUGUUGUGAAGAUGCAACCAGAAAACUCGCAAGAUGAAACUUCUGUUCAGAACGACAAAGCACUGCCUGUGGAGAAUAAAGUGGUGCAUCUUGAAGAUUUUGCUGACGUUGUGACACUAAACAUUCCAGAAGAUGUAAGCCCGUCAGGUGAAAAUAGUGUUCCACUGGAAAGAGAAGUUAGUAAGGGACAGUCUAUUGAUCGUCAUCGUUCGAAGGAUUCUGUUGAUACCGACUUUGUUGCGCAACAUAAUGCAGAUAAUCUGAUCAAUGGUCAUGAAGAAAUUGAGGAUAAUGGUGACCUAACGAAUUCCUUUAACAAUCAAACUGCAGAGGACGUCUCUAAUACCAUCAGAGAUAGUCAAGUCACCAAGGGUCCGAGUGAAAUGGGACUCAAUAGUAAAGUCAAGGAAGACACCAGUUCAGGAAACAAUUUCGAACCAACGAGUACUACAAAUGAUUCUGUGUUGAGUGACUUAUCAGGAGGCUCUUCUGGUCGUCCUGCUGUUGAAAUUCAAAUCGAGGAAUCCGAAUUGGAUAGUAGCUUUGAAAGAAGUGACCAUGCUAACUCUGAUGCUGACAAAAUAGAUUUCAGAAUGUCAGAGCCAUCUAGAUCAUUUAUUGAAGGGAACGAAGAUCUUAUUCUGAAUCCUGAAGUUAAAUGUUUGUGGAAUGAAACCGAUUCUGUGCUGAACGUAGACAACCAAACGCCCAUCAUUGGUAAUAAUGUUAAUCCGCAUGUUACUUCCAUCGAAUCUGCUACAACCGUUCCGUCUAUUGAAAAGGCCGUUGACCAGACUCAACAGAGCAAGCGAGGUUUUUCAGAAGAAACUUCCAAUAAUCAAAACCACGCUGAUAUCUUUGAAACUAAGCAACAGAAUGUUGAAACUGGGUUAACAUCUGAGCAAGACAAAGUUGGCAUCCCUAGUCCUCAAGCAUUGGAUUCAGCCGAACCUGUUGAUAAUAUCAUCGACAGAAAAUCUAAUAAUGUCGACCACGGUGCUGAAUCCAGAGUUGUGGAAUCGUACGAUACUAAAAAAGACAACAUUCGCCAGGAUACGAAAUCUAAGAUUGAUAGUGCUCUGAAGAAGCAUCCAGAUAACGUGCAACAAGACGAAAUCACCAAACCAUUGCCUAAAAGCACAAACUAUAGUCUUGAGACAAAGGCACUUUAUGAAAGGACUGUCCAGAAAAAGGCAAAAACUGUUAACCAAGAAGAAUCUCCUGACACAAUUUAUACACCGAGUGGUCAGAAAAUGAUCCCUCAAACCGAUCGAUCAACAGAGGGCACUAUUCAGAAGCCUGUUUCUAAAUCUACUGAUGCACUCGGCAAGAAGAAUGCAAAUGAUCGCAUGCGAGAUGCAAAUAGUCAUGAUAAUGCCGUCGAACAGCCGGAUGUUGAGGUAGAUGGAUCUGUCGACAGCAGGGUUGAACGUCCUGAUGUUUUGUGUCCACAAGGAUUUGAUUUCGAUAACAUCGAAGUUGAUGACGAUUUGGAGUCUUGCACAUUACCUUCCGGUUUAAUGCUGACUCCCCAUGAUCCGAUGACUUCACCGUUCCCCAGCCACGGUUACGUUAAUCCUCUCAAGACAUUCGAAAGUCGGGAACCAGAUGUUAAUUCUGCGUCAACUUUAUGUAAUGGAGUUGCCCACAGAGAUUCUGCAUAUGAAUCUAGAUCCACUUUGAAAAGUGAGGACGAAGUCCAUCGUCCUUCAGGAAACAAUUCGCCUAAUGUUGGCCUUGGAAUCAAGUUCCAAGCACCCGAAAGCGAUGAAACUGAAGAAAUAGAAACUGAAGAAAACAAUGUACUGACAGGAACUGGCUUGAAUCUUGUGAAUCUCGCUGCUUCGAAAUCAGAGUCGUUUGGGAGUGAUAGCGUGUUCUUGAACUCAUCCCCUAGUCCACAGCUUCUAGAAACUGCUGACGAAUUGUCUGAGGCUACUCAAUAUUCAGGAGCUGAGGAUUCAGAGGCUACCGAAGCUGGUUCGGGCCCUGACGAGAUGGAACAAACAGAGUUUUCUGGUAAUGACGGAGACACUGAGUACAGUCCUGCCGAUGAAAGUCUUCUGAAUAAAACCUCAUCUGAUCCACCUAACCAACUUACUUUACCUGGAAAAACUAUAUCCCAGAUGAGGAACUCUUCGACAUCUGGAUCUUCAGAUGAUGAAACCGAUGACAAAAAGACCAACAGAAGUCCCAAACGUAAGAAGUUGUCUGGUUCCGUAGCUCCAGAACAGCAUCCUAUAAUGAAGCGACAAGAAGAGUACAACAGACGAAAUUCUAUUUUAGAAAGCAAAAAGUUAUCUGCCCUUAGUAAAAAGUCUCUUAAUUCAGACGACACCCCUACCGGACGUGCGCCAGAUCAAGAAACGACCCCAACCAGGGAAGAGUCUUCAUCGUCAAGACCUUCCUCGCUGCCAAUGAGAAAGCCAGUCAAACGAACUAAAAGUAACGAAGGGGUUGUGACACCCAAUUUCGAUCACAUCAAGUCGACAUAUAAACUAGAAAAACAGAAUCCGCUCUACGAUCGAAGCAAAUACGUCAAAGUUGCUACCCUUGAGGAAAAACAUGUGGCAUCAGAACCCCUACUCGAAGGACUCCUGCCUAAGAAAUUUUACGAACAGAAGCUUUCGUAUGAUCUCAACAAAGAUGGCGAUGCCGCUAAUUCGACACCAAAAGGUCCCCAGAAAAUUCAUAACAGAAGCGAUUAUCAUACGACUGGCCAUAUGUUGUCGGAAAUCAUGAAGGAACGAAAACUUGAUCGUGAAAAGGAAGAUAACAUCAUUACAGAUUUGGAUCUUGCGGAAAUGAGCUACAACAGGUUCAAAGAAUUGUCUGGAACUAGCAACAAGAAACCGUAUCAACCGAAGGUUCGAGCUCAAGAUGAAGAUGGACCUGUCAGUGAAUUCAAGCAGUUGCAACAAAAACUCCAACAAAAGAAAUCAAAAUGGACUGUUCUAGAUUCAAAGAAGGAUGCCCUGAAGAAAUUGGCCGAUGAAGAAAAGGAACGUUUGCGGAGAAUUGAGGAGCUGAAAAAUUCCAUGCAGCAUGUAGACACCAAAGAAAUGGAGUUUGGGUAUGAUGAAGAAACACUCGCUGCUUUGAGAGAAAAGAGGAGGCUAGAAGAAGAAGAAAGACUAAGACAAAUUCAACAAGAAGAGGACCGAUUGCGAAAACUAGAGGAAGAGCGUCAGGCUAUAGAAGCAAAAGAAGCAAAACGUGUUGCUGACGAAGAAGCAAGGCGGUUAGCCAGACAAAAAUCAAAGGAAGAAGCAAACCGGCUUGCUAAAGAAGCAAAGCGGUUAGCUGAAGAAGAAGCACAACAACUUGCUGAAGAAGAAGCAAAGCGGUUAGCCGAAGAAGAAACACGACGACUUGCUGAAGAAGAAGCAAAGCGUCUAGAUGAAGAAGCAAAGCGGCUAGCUGAAGAAGAAGCACGGCGACUUGCUGAAGAAGAAGCAAAACAGCUUGCUGAAGAAGCAAGGCGGUUAGCUGAAGAAGAAGCACGACGACUUGCUGAAGAAGAGGCAAGACAGAUUGCUGAGAAAGAAGCAAAACAGCUUGCUGAAGAAGCAAAGCGGUUAUCUGAAGAAGAAGCACGACGACUUGCUGAAGAAGAAGCAAAGCGGUUAGCUGAAGAAGAGGCAAGACAGGUUGCCGAGGAAGAAGCAAAGCAGCUAUAUGAAGAAGCAAAGCGGUUAGCUGAAGAAGCAAAGCGGUUGUUAGCUGAAGAAGAAGCACGACGACUUGCCGAAGAGGAAGCAAAGCGGUUAGCUGAAGAAGAGGCAAGACAGGUUGCCGAGGAAGAAGCAAAGCAGCUAGAUGAAGAAGCAAAGCGGUUAGCUAAAGAAGCAAAGCGGUUAGCCGAAGAAGAAGCACAACGACUUGCUAAAGAAGAGGCAACGCGAUUAGCUGAAGAGGAAGCAAGUCGACUUGCUGAAGAAGAAGCAAAGCGGUUAGCUGAAGAAGAAGCAAGUCGACUUGCUGAAGAAGAAGCAAAGCGGUUAGCUGAAGAAGAGGCAAGACAUAUUGCUGAAGAAAAAGCACGACGACUUGCCGAAGAAGCAAAGCGGCGGUUAGCUGAAGAAGAAGCACGACGAAUUGCUGGGGAAGAAGCAAGACGGCUUGCUGAAAAAGAAACAAAACGAAUUGCUGAUGAAGAAGCACAACGACUUGCUAAAGAAGAGGCAAAGCGGUUAGCUGAAGAAGAAGCACGACGAAUUGCUGGGGAAGAAGCAAGACGGCUUGCUGAAAAAGAAACAAAACGAAUUGCUGAUGAAGAAGCACGAGGAAUUGCUGGAGAAGAAGCAAGACGGCUUGCUGAAGAAGAAACAAAACGAAUUGCCGAUGAAGAAGCAAGACGGAUUGCUGAUGCAGAUGCAAAACAGAUAGCUGAAGAAGAAGCAAAACAGCUGGCCGAAGCAAAACGGGUUGCCGAGGAAUUAGCAAGGCGGAUUGCGCAAGAAGAAAUCAGUCGAUUAGCUGAUGAACAAGCAAUGAGGUUGGUCAGAGAAGAAAUUGACCGUCUCGCUGAGGAAGAGCUAAAACAGCUUACUGAAGAUGAUACAGAAUGGCUUGAUGAAGCGGACGCGAGAGGACACGACUCCGAUCCGCUCGGGAAUCUUUUCAGAAAGAAUUCCAACUCAUUCUUUCACAGCCAUAAAGAGAAGUCAGGUAGCAUAGGGGACCUACGACGCAGCUCCAGGGAAUUUCUUGCCAAAAGUUUGGAAAACAUCACUGGAACCAUUUCUGACGAUGAAGAACUUCUUAAAGAAGCCGUUGAGUUGCUAGAAAAAGAACAUGAACUAGAAGAAUCUCGCAAACGGAAGACCACCAGAUUACCACAUCCUGGGAAGCACGCUCGACUCGAAAAAGCAAGAUCGCUUGCUCUGGAGGCUGAAAAAGAACGGCGACUUUCAGCUGAAUCGCCCGUGACUACGCGAUCUCGACAACAGUCAAUAGUUGAAAAAAGAAUAUCAAGGUUACGGAAACCUACUUCCUACGCCUCCAAAAUCAGACGAGUUAAAUCAUGUGAAAACAUGUUAGACUUGUUUCACUCUAAUGAGGCCCCGAAACUCACUUCAAAACCCUUGCUGAACGGCUUGCUCCCUGAUCAGUUCUACCAACAAAAACUCUCCCAAAUGUCCUCUUACAACAGCGAGGUGGACCUCAGUAGUGUUUCCCUGGACAUGGGAGCAAAGACAACCGGCCACAAGUACUGGAACCACAUCAUGAAAAAGACACUCUUCAGAAGAACAGACAGCUCGGCACAUGACAUUGAGACUGACCUUGACAGCGUGUCCCAUAUAAUAAUGGCGUUUCUUAAUUCCCCGAUUCUAAAAGCUCGCCGACUUGGGGCCUUAUCUCCAGAGACGGAGAGAAAAUACAAACUUGCUCGAGAUCGCCCUCAUAAGCCAGAUCUGAGUGACUUUAAGAAACUGCAUGAGAGUAUAGCUAAAACUCAAAAAAGCUUUGCUCUUUUCGACAUGAAAGCAAGCGAAAACGCUUUAAAGAGAAUAAAUGAAGAGACAAAAAAACACACAGCAAAACUUGAUAUCAUGAAGGAGGGGUUCAACAAAGUCAAAGUGAACGAGAAAGUUGGAUUUGAGUUUGAUGAACAAGUAGUUAAAGAUGUGAGGGAGAGAAUCAUGUGCAGCAUGAUAGAUCCUCUUGGAGGAAUGUCUACGUCCAGUAUCUCCGUUUCAAGGAGGUCUUCAAGAUGCUCUGAUCUGGACCUCACCGCAACGUCAGCCACACUUCUACCUGACCUAACUGAGGACAGUUCCACCUUGAAACCUCAGUUCUGUCAGGACACUGAAGAUUUGUUCGACACUGACACAGAGAGUAUUCUGUCUGACUUUGAGAUGGAAAUCAUUAACGCUUCUUUGAUAUCUCAUGAUUUCCCUGAUUACAAAUUUCCCACUCAAAGAAAAAUAGAGCAGCUAGGAAUGGAUAUAAAAAGUCCUACUUCCCACUUAUCCCAGAAAAGUAUCAUACUGUCAUCGUCGGGCAUGUUCUCUAUAGAUCACGAUGAAGGAGAGUAUGCUAUAGUAAAUGAGGUUAGGGUCUCUCCAAACGAACACAAUGAAAUUUCUGAUCAUGUGGAGGAAAUACUUUCAUCCUCAGAUACAGAAAAUGAUAUAUCUGAGACGUAUUACUCUAAUCCAGUAGUCAAGGAAAGUCAAGACGGUGGAGAGGGCUUGGGAAUGACAACAGUGAGCAGCGAGCCAGUUUGUAUCACGUGUUCCUCUUGGGACGCCUGCACGUGGCUUUGUUCACAAGAGGAUAACGAAGAUAUUGUAAAACACCAUCUAAACAUGGUCAUUCAAGAAGACAAGAGCCGACCUGUUCAAAUAGCAGUCUUUAAAUCUCCUAUUUUGGCUCGUAAGGUAUCGACUAACGAGAAUGCGGAAAAGCUUGAGAUUACGGGCGUGGAUCUAGUUCACUCAAACCCAGGCCUAGUCAAGGUUGACAUCCCCGGAAAUAAUCAAACAUUGCAGACUUGUGUCACGCAAUUGGAAGAAUCCGACUUUUAUGAAUCUGAAGAAGGGUCCUCGUUUGAGGAAUUCACAACACCUGGAGAAUUAGAAUCAGAUAAAGAUGGCGGAGCACUCCAUACCUACCUUGAGAACUUGAACAAGUAUGAUAAUUUAGACUCCGUAUCUGUGUGUGAGUCUCUGGACACCAAAUCACUGGAAUCUCUUGACUUUGAGAGAAUGGAACUUAUGGUAUCUGGCGGAGAGAAGAUGGUUACAUUUGAAACUAAUCCUGCCCAGAAAAACAGACGGCUAGGUGCGAUGAAGAACAUGAGAAAUGAGAAAGUGAAAAGUCUCGUAAAGCAGGCAUCCAACGUGCUUCACUCUGCUUCAGCUGACUUUGCUAGAUUUGGUCUGAAGAGGAGUGGAAGCUCAGCGAAUCUAAAAGUAGCUAGAUCAAGCUCGACCACAUCAUUCAACAGGCGGAGUUACAUACCAGCCCCUAACUAUAACCUCACAGCUUCUCUUUUUCCGGGUAAAAAGGAGAAACUUAAUCUGGACACCAGGCUUAAACUUCGAAACAAAGAUCUUAUCGAGGUUGAGCCACUCCCAAGGUGGGCUAAGAAACCUAUAUUUGCCACUACAACAGCAGGCCACAAGGCUUGGUACGAGAGAGCACAGGAUAUGAUAGAGGGAAGACGCAAGGAGAUAGCAAACAUGAAUACUUUACAGGAAGAUUCUGGUCAUCAAGACCUCGACAUCAUUGUGAGUAGUCCUUAA